AUGAGAGCUUUCUUCACUUUCUUCACCUCUGCUGCUGUCAUUCUCCUGAUAAUUCAUGGAGGUUCGUGCGUGGAUAUCAUUGGAGGAAGUGAAGUAGUGCCACACUCCAGACCAUUUAUGGCCCUAAUCAAAGGACCCAAUGAAUCUGUUUGUGGAGGAGCUUUGAUCAAGGAAGAUUGGGUGCUAACAGCUGCCCACUGUAAUGUGAAAGGAGGCAGAGUUAUUCUUGGAGCUCAUUCACUAAAGGCAAUAGCAAAAGAAAAACAAAGACAGGUCUUUAAGAUUGUAAAAGAAAUUCCUCACACAUCCUACUGCUCCUGCUCUAAGGAAAAUGACAUUAUGCUGUUGCAGCUUCACAAAAGAGCAAUACUUGGCAAAGCUGUACAACUCAUUCCCCUGCCUACCUCAGAUGAUGAUCCUAAAACAGGAACAACUUGCACAGUAGCAGGAUGGGGGAAAACUGACAACAACGGAAGAAAGCUUUCUGAUGCCCUGAGGGAGGUCAACGUCACUGUCAUUAGCAGGGAAAUCUGCAAUAACAAACAUCAUUACAAAAACGACCCUGUAAUAACAUCCAACAUGAUAUGUGCAGGGAGCAGAAAUGGAGGGAAGGACUCGUGUAAUGGGGAUUCUGGUGGACCUUUAAGGUGCAAUAAUGUGAUGAAAGGAAUCACUUCUUUUGGGAAGCCAAACAAGUGCGGUGCUGCUGAUGGCCCUGGUGUCUAUACUCGACUGACAAUGCAGUAUCUUCAGUGGAUAAGGAAAACCAUAGGUGGAGCCUAA